AUGAAGCGUAGUUAUAAGACUGUGUUACUGGGUGACGCUUCAGUGGGAAAGUCUAGUUUUGCAGUUAGGUUAACAAAGGGCGAGUUCUCAGAUAAUACAAACUCGACAAUAGGAGCUGCGUUCUUCACUUACACAGUACACAAUGACGGCUCAGACGUACAGAAACGUCUUAAUUUGAAUACUGAUGGGAAGUUUGAUGACAAGUUAGUAGAUGGUGUAUCGCAAUCAGAGGUAAGAAGUUCAAGUAUUGCCUCAAACUAUGACGAAAAUUUUACUAUUAAGUUUGACAUUUGGGAUACAGCAGGUCAAGAACGCUUCAAGAGUAUAGCACCUAUAUAUUACAGAGGAGCGGCCUGCGCCAUUGUAAUCCUUGACGUAUCAUCUCCUCCUACACUUCAACACGCGGCAUUUUGGGUGAAUCAAAUUCGAGUGGCAAACAACAAUGAAACGAUAAUUGUGUUAGUUGCCAACAAAACGGAUUUGCUCGGUACUACUCCCGAGACACUCCAAACACUUGCUAACGCCAAGGUGUAUGCUAAAGAACAGUCGAUUUCGUUUGUUGAAACUAGUGCCAAAACGGGAAAAAAUAUUAGUUAUGUUUUUGAAUUACUGUCACAGGAGAUUUCUAAAGACCCCUUCAGAUGGGACAAAUCAACCACCAACACCUCAAAAUCAUCAUCUAAACCCUUAAAAGAUGAUAAUAAGGAUAAAAUCAACAAGAAAAGUUGCUGUAAUCUUUUAUAA